AUGGACGGCCUAGCCUGGAGGGCAAUAUCCAGUGACCCUAGCAGCCUGUUUCCUCUCCUUGCAAAUCUCUGCGAUCGGAAGCGGGACACGUUCCCUCUGGCUGUGCCCUGUGCUGAGAGCCUGUCGCUGGAGCUCCAGCUCCGCACAAACGCAUCUAAUGCCGGGCUACCUAGCGACUUUCGAGAGGUGCUCCAGCGGAGGCUCGGGGAACUGGAGAGGCAGUUGCUGCGCAAGGUGGCCGAGCUGGAGGAUGAGAAGUCCCUGCUCCACAAUGAGACAUCAGCUCACCGGCAGAAGACAGAGAGUACACUGAACGCGCUGCUGCAGAGAGUGACUGAGCUGGAGCGAGGAAACAGUGCAUUCAAGUCACCAGAUGCAUUCAAAGUGUCCCUUCCUCUCCGCACAAACUACCUGUAUGGCAAGAUCAAGAAGACAUUGCCCGAGCUCUACGCCUUCACCAUCUGCCUGUGGCUUCGGUCCAGUGCCUCGCCAGGCAUCGGCACACCAUUCUCCUAUGCUGUGCCUGGGCAAGCCAAUGAGAUUGUGCUGAUAGAGUGGGGUAAUAAUCCCAUCGAGCUGCUCAUCAACGACAAGGUAGCCCAGCUGCCCUUGUUUGUUAGUGAUGGCAAGUGGCACCACAUCUGCAUCACCUGGACUACCCGAGAUGGCAUGUGGGAAGCAUUCCAGGAUGGGGAAAAGCUCGGCACUGGGGAGAACCUGGCACCCUGGCACCCCAUCAAGCCUGGGGGUGUGCUCAUCCUGGGGCAGGAGCAGGACACCGUGGGAGGCAGGUUUGAUGCCACACAGGCCUUUGUCGGAGAACUUAGCCAGUUCAACAUAUGGGACCGUGUCCUUCGGGCGCAGGAAAUCAUCAACAUUGCCAACUGCUCCACGAACAUGCCUGGGAACAUCAUCCCGUGGGUGGACAACAACGUUGAUGUGUUUGGAGGGGCUUCCAAGUGGCCUGUGGAGACCUGUGAGGAGCGCCUCCUGGAUUUGUAG